CACUGCGAAAAAGGGAAUGCAGUACACAACUCAUGCCCAUUUGCUUCUCCCUCUCUCUCUCCAUAAGCCCUUAAACCCACCAUAAAUCACUACAACCUUUUCAUCUCUUGCCAACUGCGCCUUUUCAUAUUUCAGUCGUUUUGGUUGAUCAGGAUGUCUGAUAGUGGAGUUAUAAGGGCAUGGGAAGAGUGUGUUGUGGUGCCAGAAAGGGGCAGUCGCAUUGUUCAUUAUAAACUCAAAGAUAACAUUGGGAAUUCUGUUGUUGCUGUGGUUGGGAGGGAGAGGUGCAUCAAUCACAUGGUGUAUGCAGUUUCAGAGGACUACUUGCGAGUCUUUGGGUCCACGGGCGGUGUUUAUGCAGGGAAGAAGUGGCAAGCAAGACGAGAGGUUGUUGAUUGGCUCAUCACGGUUGUGGCAAGAGGUGGACCAAUCAUGGCUAGCUCAGUUUCCCGCCCAAGCUACAAUACACAAGCUACAGCUGAAAAAGUCAAACGUCCAAUUCCUGAAAAAUAUCCACUGCAAACUUCCAAGAGAGUAAAAAGAUGCAGGCUGAGUGAGAUCCUCCACAGCAACUGCACUAGCAAGACAGAUUUAACAUCAGACAAUCGUGCAGUGAAAUGGGAACCGACAUGUAACAGAGUGAGAAUCAAUCUUCCAAUGAAGAGACCGAUUAUUGCUCUUCCUACACCUGAGCCACCAUGUAAAGUACUUCCCAAGUUCAACAAAAAUAUCGAGCUUCUUAGUCAGGACAGCGGCAUGCGAGGCUGCUGGUUCAGGUGCAGGAUCUUGCUUUCGUCAAAAAGCCGUCUAAAGGUUCAAUACAAAGAUGUUUUGCAAGCCGAUGGAGUUCAAAAACUGGAGGAAUGGGUUACAGAAUCGCGAGUGGCAGAUCCUGAUAAACUAGGAAUCAGAUGUUUAGGCCGUCUUACAAUCAGGCCUCGGCCAUGUAUGGAUUCUUCAGACACUACAUUUGUGGUCGGAGCUGCAGUUGACGUGUGGUGGUGCAACAGCUGGUGGGAAGGCGUUGUAAUUGGAUAUGAGACACCGACGAAUACUAAUCUUCAAGUUUACUUCCCUGGUGAGAAUAGGUUCUCAACUGUUGCGAGGAAGCACAUGAGAGUUUCAAGAGAUUGGAUUGACAGCAAAUGGGUGAACAUAAAAGGAAGACAUGAUAUACUAUCUUUCUUAUCUUCGAUAUUUAGCCCCGGCCCAAACCUUACACCACAAGCUGCAUUCGUUGAGGCUAAUAGCUCUGCAGCAAACAGCGUGGUUGCCACCCAUCGGAAACAUGAAGGUGACAAGUGGAAGAUACAGAGUUCAACUGCUGGCGAGACGCCUAAUUUCAAGAAACAACUUAUAAACAGAUACAAUGAAGAGGUGAAGAAGUCUGGCAGGCUCUAACAGUGAUAUAACGGCAACUUUUGGCUCUGUGAAUUCGUAAAUAUGAAUACUUAGAGAAAAUAGAUCAUGAUGGAUUGUGCACAUUUUGGCUGCAUUCUCUGCAAAUGUAUACCUCUUUUGGCCUCAGUGUAUACAUUGAUGUAUGUAACUAGUCUUUUUACCAUUACUUCUAACCGAUCACAUUCACAUCAUUGUCCGA